AUGAAGGACUGCAAUUCUGUCUUAAUCCCAACUAAACUUGGUUUGAAGCUCACAAAGAAUGGAACAACAAAGAAGGUGGAUGCUACUUUUUACAAGAAAAUUGUUGGUAAUCUCAUGUAUUUGACAUCAAUAAGGCCAUAUAUUAUGCAUGCCAUCAGUUUAAUUAGCAGAUACAAUGAGAGUCCGACUGAAAUUCAUCUCUUAGCUGUAAAGAGAAUUUUUUGCUAUUUGAAAGGUAUUGCAGACUUUAGAAUUUUGUAUAAAAAUGGUGGAGAAUCAAGUUUGAUUGGUUUUUCAGAUAAUGAUUAUGCUAGAGAUAUUGAUGAUAGAAAAAGUACUUCUGGGUUUGUAUUCAUGUCAAAUUCUGGGCCUGUCACAUGGUCCUCUAAAAACAACAGAUAG